UUAGAGUCACCAACUCUAGUCAGGAAUGUCCGUCCCCAUGCGCGCUCAGAUCAUGUACUGGAUGCGCCCACUUUAUUUUUAACCCGGCAGGGUGGGUCAGUCGCUGGCUUUCGGGAAUGACCGUGGAGCGCGCGGCGCCUUUAGCCCCCUUUCCCUCUUCCCCCGUGCCCUCCUCGCGCUGUGGAGACCUCCGUCAGCUCUGACCGGGACCCCGCUGCUUCAAUGGGAUUAUAAUUGGUUUGUUGGCAGGGAAAAGACUCAAGAUAAACACUUACGGACAGGACAACAUCCAGAAGCAACACACAACGAUGCUGAUUCCAUCAAUGACCAAAAACAAUGUGGCGGCGUCUUAAAUAACAAAGAGAUAAAAUGUUCCCUGAGCAGAAGAGACGUCCCCCUCUCAUUCCCCUUAAAAGGACAAGUAUUCACUCCCUGCUGGACCACAGGCCUCCCACUCCUCAGUCCAGUUACUGCUGCUACAGUUUCACACACACACUACUACCUCCAGUAUUUGAGGUCCAUCCUGUCAUUUUGUCCCCUCCACUCAUCUCCCUACACACCCAGACCACCUGAGGACGCCGACUGCCGUCCCCUCGCCCACUUGUCACCCUGGCUACCGCAAUGACUUCCACCACAGACUUUGACAAUGCGGAGAUCACACAGCAGUACAGCCACAUCAACACCCGCUUCGACCUCUGUGACGAGGAACUAGACAAUGACAACAGCUCUGCCAGGCUGUUUGAGCGCUCGCGCAUCAAGGCCCUCGCAGAUGAACGUGAGGCGGUUCAGAAGAAGACCUUCACUAAAUGGGUCAAUUCUAUCCUUUCCCGGGUCGGCUGUCGCAUCUCCGACCUCUACCUGGACCUGCGGGACGGACGCAUGCUCAUUAAACUGCUGGAGGUGCUGUCCGGCGAACGGCUGCCAAAACCCACUAAGGGCCGAAUGCGCAUCCACUGUUUGGAGAAUGUGGACAAGGCUUUGCAGUUCCUCAAAGAGCAGAGGGUCCACCUGGAGAACAUGGGAUCCCAUGACAUUGUCGACGGCAACCAUCGCCUCAUCCUCGGCCUCAUCUGGACCAUCAUCCUUCGCUUCCAGAUCCAGGACAUUAUUGUGGAAACGGGCCAGGCGGACCAGAAGGAGACACGCUCAGCCAAGGACGCUCUUCUUCUGUGGUGUCAGAUGAAAACUGCAGGAUAUCCCAAUGUCAACAUCACAAACUUCACCACCAGUUGGAAAGACGGCAUGGCCUUCAACGCCCUCAUACACAAACACCGGCCAGAUCUGGUGGACUAUAGCAAACUGAAGAGGUCCAACCCGACCCACAACCUCCAGAACGCUUUCAAUGUAGCAGAGCAGAGGCUUGGCGUGACCAAACUGUUAGACCCAGAAGAUGUGUUCACAGAGAACCCAGAUGAGAAGUCCAUCAUCACAUAUGUCGUGGCAUUUUACCACUACUUCUCGAAGAUGAAGCAGCUCGCUGUCGAGGGCAAGAGAGUUGGAAAGGUUCUCGAUCAUGCCAUUGAGACAGAGAAGAUGAUCGAUAAGUAUGAGACGCUGUCGUCAGACCUGCUGACGUGGAUCGAGCAGACCAUCAUCGUGCUGAACAACCGGAAACUUGCCAACUCUCUGACUGGAGUGCAGCAGCAGCUUCAGGCCUUCAACACAUACCGCACUGUAGAGAAGCCACCAAAGUUCCAGGAGAAAGGAAACCUUGAGGUGCUGCUUUUCACCAUCCAGAGUCGAAUGAGGGCAAACAACCAGAGGGUCUACAUGCCUAAAGAGGGAGCCCUGGUCGCGGAUAUCAACAGGGCCUGGGAGCGUCUGGAGAGGGCGGAGCACGAGCGGGAGCGUGUCCUGAGAGAUGAGCUGAUCAGACAGGAGAAGCUGGAACAGAUGGCGAGAAGAUUCGACAGGAAGGCUGCCAUGAGGGAGACCUGGCUGCUGGAGAACCAGAGACUAGUGGCUCAGGAUAACUUUGGUUAUGACCUGCCAGCGGUGGAGGCGGCGAAGAAAAAGCAUGACGCCAUUGAGACGGACAUUUCUGCGUAUGAGGAACGUGUUCAGGCCUUGGUGGACAUCUCACAGGAGCUGGAGUCUGAGCGAUACCAUGACACCAAACGGAUUGAUGUGCGAAAAGACAACAUCCUGCGCCUGUGGGACUACUUGCAGGAGCUGCUGAAGGCUCGUAGGGGGCGUCUGGAUAAGAACCUGACCCUGCAGAGGAUUUUCCAGGAGAUGCUGUACAUUAUCAGCUGGAUGGAUGACAUGAAGGCUCGACUUCUGUCUCCUGACUUUGGAAAACACUUGCUGGAAGUGGAAGACUUGUUACAGAAACAUGCUCUGUUAGAGAACGACAUCGCUCUGCAGGCAGAUAGAGUACAGAGCGCCAGUGCUGCUGCUCUUAAGUUUGCCAAUGGAGAUAGCUACAAGCCAUGUGAUCCCCAGGUGAUCCGCGAAAGGGUGCAGCACCUGGACUUGUGCUACAAGGAGCUUUGUGCCCUGGCGGCCCAGCGAAGGGCUCGCUUGGAGCAGUCCCGCCGCUUCUGGAACUUCCUAUGGGAGAUGGCAGAGCUGGAGAGCUGGAUUAGAGAGAAGGAGCACCUUUUCUCCUCCCUGGAUUAUGGCAAGGACCUGACGAGCGUGCUGGUGCUCCAGAGCAAACACAGUGCCUUCGAGGAUGAGCUCGGAGCCCGCCGCGCCAACCUCGAACACGUCUUGGCUGAAGGAGAAAAGAUGAUCCAGGCCAAGCACUUUGGCUCCCCGAAGGUUCAGGAAUCUAUGGACGACAUCAGGAGGCAAUGGCAGCAGCUGGAGGAGCUGGCUGCGUUUCGGAAACAGAACCUCCAGGACACCCAGAGGUUCUUCCAGUUUCAGGGAGAUGCUGAUGAGCUCAAGGCCUGGCUACUGGAUGCCAAGAGGCAGAUGAGCAAUGAUGACGUGGGCCACGACGAGUACACCACCCAGCGGCUACUGAAAAAGCACAAGAACCUGAAGAAUGAAGCAAUCAAGAACGGAGCCACAAUAGAUGCUCUAUCGAAACAGGCCAAUGCACUGCCAGAAGAGCUACAAAACACCCCUGAUAUCCAGAGACGUCUGAAAGACAUCAAGGACCUGUACAUGGAGCUCAUGUCUCUGGCUGACCUGAGACAGAAGAGGCUAGAUGACACUAUGGCCCUGUACACCAUCUUCAGUGAAACAGAUGCCUGCGAGCUCUGGAUGGGACAGAAGGAGACGUGGUUGGUGGGUUUAGAGGUGCCUGAAAAGCUGGAGGAUCUGGAAGUAGUACAGAAUAGGUUGAGCAUUCUAGCUCAAGAUAUGGCAAAUGUGCAGUCGAGAGUGGAUGACGUCAACAAAACCGUGAAACAGCUUGAGGACGGCAGACACCCUCGCACCAAAGAGGUCAAAGAAUGUCAGACGCGACUUAAUAAGAGGUGGGAGGCCUUCAAAGCCAUGGUGGAGGAUAAGAAGAGGAAAGUGGAUUCUGCUGUUAGUCUGCACAGCUACGGGCUGGAGUGUGACGAGACAGGGGCCUGGAUCAGAGACAAGACACGGGUGAUCGAGUCCACACAGGACUUGGGCAAUGACCUGGCAGCCGUCAUGACCAUCCAGAGGAAACUCUUUGGCAUGGAGAGAGAUUUGGCUGCCAUUGACACCAAGCUUACCUUCCUGAGGAAAGAGGCCGACCAGCUGGCUAAGGACCACCCGGAGAACGCGGAUGACAUCUUUGCCCGGAGGGGGGAGCUGGACGCGGCCUGGGACACGCUAAGAAAGACCCUGAAAGACAGAGAGGACUCUUUGGGCGAGGUCAGCAAGUUGCAGACCUUCCUCCAAGACAUGGAUGACUUCCAGUCCUGGCUUUUCAAGAGCCAGAAGGCUGUGGCGUCAGAAGAAAUGCCCGCCACGCUGCCAGAGGCCGAGGAGCAGCUCAGCCUUCAUGACGCUGUGCGUGAAGACAUCAACAACCACGAGGAGGACUAUCACCGUGUUAGGGACACCGGUGCCCAGGUCACCCAGGGUCAGGAGGAUGAUCCUCAGUACCAGCAGCUGGAGCAGAGGUUGAAGGGAAUGGACCGUGGUUGGUAUGAACUGCAGAAGAUGUGGGAUAGCCGCAAGAGCUUACUGGAUCAGGGGCUGGGUUUCCAGCAGUUCAUGAGGGAUGGCAAGGCUGUACAGGCCAUCCUCAACAACCAGGAGUACACCUUGGCCCACAUAGACAAGCCCGACACCUUGGCUGGGGCAGAAAAGGCUUUGAAGAAGCAUGAGGACUUUGUGAGCACCAUGGAAGCCAACGAGGACAAGAUUGAUGGCGCUCUGCAGGGCGGACAGCGGCUGGUGGACAGUAACAACCUGUACUCUGGGAAAGUUCAGGAGAAAAUGGAAUCAAUCCGAGACAGGCAUAACACGAAUAAAAGAAGAGCCCAGGAGGUGUCUGAACAGCUCAGAGACAACCGCGACCUGCAGCAUUUCCUGCAAAACACUCAGGAUCUGACUCUGUGGAUCAACGAGAAGAUGCUGACGGCUCAGGACACGUCGUACGAUGAAGCCAGGAACCUCCACAGCAAAUGGCUGAAACAUCAGGCCUUCAUGGCUGAGCUGGCCUCUAACAAGGACUGGCUCACUAAAGUAGACCAGGAGGGUCAGGAGCUCAUCCAGUCCAAGCCAGAGUUUGAGCCCAUCGUGACGGAGCGUCUGGCCAAACUCCACGAGCUGUGGGACAAGCUGGAGUCCACAACCCAGGAGAAAGACCGGCUUCUGUUUGAUGCCAACCGCUCCGAGCUUUUCGACCAGAGCCUGACCGAUAUGAAGAAGUGGCUCGGUGAGCUGCAGCAGCAGCUACAGGGCGGAGAUGAGGAAGUCAAAGAUCUGACUAAUGCCAACAUCCUGCUCAAGAAGCAUAAGAUGACAGAGAACCAGGUGCGUGAUCGAGCGCGUGAGCUGGAGGAGCUCCAGGAGGCCGUCAGAAAGCAUGGAGGAGGAAGGGAUGACCAGCCGGAGCUAGAGGCCGAGCAGCAGGCCUUGCAGAGCGACUUCCAGCAGCUCCUCACGCCACUGGCCCAGCGCAAGGGCAAGCUGGAGGCGGCCAAAGCUGUCCAUCAGUUCUACAGAGACCUGGCCGAUGAGCUUCUCUGGAUUGAGGAGAGGAUGCCUCUGGCAAUGUCACAAGAGCAUGGCCACAAUCUUCAAACCGUACAAAUGCUGCAGAAGAAGAACCAGACGUUGCAGAGGGAGAUCGAGGGCCACCAGCCUCGCGUCGAUGAAGUACUAGAACGAGGGAGGAGGAUGGCGGCGGCUGCCAGCACAGAGGGCAGACCGGAGGCAGAGCGAAUCGCGGACCAGCUGAGGGAGCUGGAGGAGGCGUGGGCCCGGCUGCAGGACGAGAUGGCAAAGCGCAGGGAGAGGCUGAACAGCUCCAUCUUGGCCCAGCAGUACUACAACGAUGCAGAUGAGGCUGAAGCCUGGAUAGGGGAGCAGGAGCUUUACAUGAUCGCUGAUGAAAAGGCCAAGGAUGAGCAGAGUGCCAUGUUGAUGCUGAAGCGCCACAUGAUCCUUAAGCAAGCUGUGGAUGACUAUGCGGACUCCAUUCAGAGUCUUGCUGACCGCGCCCAAAAAAUGUUUGCUGAGGACCAUCCUGACGGUGAGGAGAUCAUCAGGCGACAGGGUCAGGUGGAUAAGCAGUAUGCUGGGCUGAAGGAGCUGGCGGAAGACCGCAGGAAGAAGCUCGACCACACCUACCACCACUACCUGCUGAGCCGAGAGGUCGAGGAUCUGGAACACUGGAUCGCAGAGAGAGACGUGGUGGCUUCCUCUCAGGAGAUGGGCCAGGACCUGGACCACGUCACGCUGCUGAGGGAUAAGUUCCGAGAGUUUGCGCGGGAGACAGGGAUGGUGGGUCAGGAGCGAGUGGAUUUCAUCAACCAGACGAUAGAUGAGCUGAUCGAAGCCGGCCACACUGAGGCAGCCACCAUGGCAGAGUGGAAGGACGGCAUCAAUGAGAGCUGGGCUGAUCUGCUGGAGCUCAUCGACACUCGUGCUCAGCUUCUCACAACUUCUUACGAACUGCUCAAGUACUUUGAUGAUGGGAAGGAACUUGUGACUCAGAUCCACGAGAAGCAGAAAGAGCUGCCUGAUGACGUGGGAGAGGACUUCAGUAAAGCCGAGUCCUUCCACAGAAUGCACGCCGCCUUUGAGAGAGACAUCACCGCUCUAGGCAAACAGGUUCAACAGUUCCAGGAGACGUCUUCACGGCUUCAUGCUCAGUAUGCAGGGGCCAGAGCGGACAACAUCCAGGCAACAGAGCGAGAAGUGGUAGAAGCCUGGAAGGGCCUGCUGGACGCCUGCGACGGCCGCAGGGCACGACUGGUGGACACAGCUGAGAAGUUCCGCUUUUUCACCAUGGUGCGAGACCUGACGGCCUGGAUGGAGAGCAUCAUCCAGCAGAUAGAGACUCAGGAGAAACCCAGGGAUGUCUCAUCGGUGGAGCUCUUGCAGAAGUACCACCAGGGGAUCCGCGCAGAGAUUGAGGCCAGGGGAGUCAAAUUCACCGACUGCGUAGACCUCGGCAAGGCCCUGCUGACACGGAAGCACCGAGACUCUGCUGAGAUCAAGGAGAAGCUGGUGCAGCUGACGGAGAAAAGGCAGGAGAUGAUGUUCAAGUGGGACGACAGAUGGGACUGGCUGAGACUCUUGCUGGAGGUGUGUCAGUUUGCACGGGAUGCCUCGGUGGCGGAGGCCUGGCUGAUCGCUCAGGAGCCCUAUGUGACCAGUAAAGACCUGGGCUACACCGUGGACGAGGUCGAGAAACUCCUCAAGAGGCACGAGGCCUUCGAGAAAUCCACCGCCACUUGGGAGGAGCGCUUCUCUGCACUGGAGCGCCUUACUACGCUGGAGUUGUUGGAGCUGAGGAAGCAGCAACAGGAGAUGGAGCAGUCCAUCAAAGAAGAGCAACGCUCAGACAAAGACAGCAGGAGAGAUGACACCGGCUUCGUAGAAGAGUCUUCACAGCUUUACACCAUUGAGGAACAGUCUCUGUCUGGUUCUCAUGCAGUUGAGCGCAGUUCAGGUCUGCUGGAGGGGACAGUGGGUGACUCCACAGUGCCCGUGGUAUCAGAAAUGAAAGAGAGUGGUUCUCUGGAGCUCGAGCCCUCAGUCUCAGUAGCGACCCCGACAGAACCAGAGAGGGCUGCCACCAUGCCCAUGGAGGCCCUCAGAUCCCAGACUGUGCUGAAGGAGGGCAUGCUGGGCCGCAAACACGAUGUGGAGGGCUCGGGGAAGAAGGUUUCACCUAGGUCAUGGAACAACUUGUACUGUGUGCUGAAGCCGGGCCAGCUCUCAGCCUAUAAGGAUGCCAAGAGUUUUAGCCAUGGGGUGACGUAUCACGGCGAGGACCCCUUGUCCCUCAGCAACGCCAGUUGGGAGAUUCUCACAAACUACAAGAAAAAGAAGCACGUCUCCAAACUACGCCUUGGAGAUGGCAGUGAAUAUUUGUUCCAGUGUAAAGACGAGGAGGAGCUCCAGCGUUGGAGCCAGGCCAUGGAGAAGGCCGUUCAGCCCCUGGCAGCGGAGGAGGCGUCGGGGCCCUCGGGGGCCAAAGCCCACAGCCUGCCCGCUCCCUCCUCCUCAAGUGCCCUCCCUGAGCCCAGCUCUGCCAAGAAAGACAAGGAGAAGAAGUUCAGUCGCUUUGCCAAAAAGAAGUGAAAGGAGAUGGGAAGGCCAUUGGGAGGGGGGUGGUUGCCUAGGCAACCUGGAAAGAGAAAGUAGUAUCAGUCAGAGCAAGCUUUUUAUCACUAGAUUUUUUAUAUUAUUUUGCGAGAAUUUACAAAAAUAUUGUAGUUUAGGUUAAAGCCAUCACUCUUUUGCCUGUAUUUAAGCCAGUGUAUCAUUGCAAAGGGCCACUUUUUUUCUUUGUGUUCUUUUUAACAAAUGCCAAAUUCAAAGCAUUAAAUUAAAGCACAGGAACGCUACUUUCACACUCAACCAAAGAAUGUUUGUUAAACUUUUUUGUUACUUUUGCUGCAAUUGUUUGCUUUAGUAUGGCAUGCUUUGAUAUAGCCUUGUACGAUAUGAAGGCCUGUAAUGAACAUAGGGUGACUCAGAGUACUUUUAAUUAAUUUGCCUUAUACAAUGGUUGUGAACUGUAAUACUGUGCUGUUUGAAUUUGGAGCACUAAAUGCUACUUAUAAAACCAGAGUGAAUUUAACAGGCUUUAAAAAGCUUUGUAAAAUGCAGUGUAAAGACUUGGUGAUGAGCAAACCGUAGUGCAGUGCUGUACAGUGCAUACACACUAAGUGUAAUUGCAGGCAUGCAAACUAAAUGCAUUAUGCAUGGUGAGGGGUUUGACUGUUGAGAUUUUAAAAUCGGUAACUGAUGACAUACGAGCAGCAAUGAGACACCACUAUCAGUUAGUUUUGAAUAUAGAUCUAGUCGGACUGUAUUCCCAACUGAACUGUGGCAGUAGUUAUUUCUGUGAACUUGAAAUAUAUUCAACACUUAUGUAUUGAACAUUUCAUAUCUAGUCAUUAGCAUAUAUACAUAUACAGUUUAUAUAUCUACAGAUGCAUGAAGUAUGUUUUACUAUAGUUUGAUAUGGUGCUAUUGUGAUAUUUUUGAACCUUCAAUCAAGACCAACUUGACCUGCCUUAUUUGUCUUCAACUUUGGCUUGUAGUGACACACAAAAUAUAUUCUGUUAGCAUACAUAUGAGCGUUGUUUCAUAAAGGUGGCUCAGAAAAGCAGGUCUUUUUGUGAAAAGCCUGACUUGAAAUGAGUCUAACAAAUAGAACAAGGAUUAAUCUGUAAUCUGUUUCUGGACACGUAAAGACAACACUGCAAUGUUUGUGUUGACAUAUUAAACAAUAAUAAUAUGGAGAGUAAAAUACUACGGCAAAAAUGAAGAAAACCACUGCCACAAGCACACAAAGAAAGAUCUUCUGACAGAAAGUUGCGGGUCAGUGAGCACAGGCUCUACGAGUAAUCAUGAAUUUAUGGGUAAAAAUAAAUGUAUGGAUGUGUAAGAUACCAUUAAACAACUUUGAAAAUACAUUAAGAGCCCAGGUAGGUAAUGUUUUAAAAAAUAAAAUAACUUUAAAAUAAUUUUUAGAAACUAAACCUCUCUAUUAGUAUUACUUUCCUACUUUAUUUGGACCUUCUGAUUAGCUCCCUGCCCCUCUUAUAUUUUUAAUAGACAGAUUUCUAGGUGUCCGUUUCUUUAAUUUGAUUUAAGAGCCAUUUAUAGAAAUAACAUAUGGUGAAAAUGCUGCUCACUAUGAGCCUACAGGCAUGGGUCAAAGUUGUAUGAAGUCAGUUUUUAAGUAUGCAGAAAGUGCAGUGUCAAAGGAUGUUAAAUUUGGCAUCUAAUGUCAUGUUCACAGAGCAGCAUAACGAGGAGGAACUCCUUCACCAGGGAGGAACUUUAAAGCCAACACUAUGUUUCAGUUUGGCAGAUUGAUUGUAACACUGAUUAAUCCUGAAGCGAAGCUAAACCUGAAAACUAACCUGACCAAAACAAGGAUAGUCAGGCAUGCUAACUUACUUUAACUGGUAAUCUAGCUUUAUGAAACAGCUCUCUGGUCUCACAAGCUAGAUUUUUUAUUUACAAGAAAUGUUGAGUGUCAACUAGAAUUUAAACCAGGUGCUCUUGUUAAAUCAGAAAAAAGAGCCUGGACCAUUAUUCAAAAGGUUUUAUGGUACCAGCCAAAGUCUAGGACAAGCUGUGGGUCAGCUGAAUCUUAACUGCUUUUCCAAACCACACAACAGGACCAGGCAUGCUCUCUAUCUAAGGCGAGGAUCAUACAGUUGCAGCAUGGAGCUGAGGGAUGUCUUUUUAAUAUGAAUGUAUGGGAAGAAUUGACUGAAGUGAGAAUUUGGUACAUUUAGGAGUUUCAACAAGCAAGCCAUAAUAGAAAAAGACAUUUUAAAUCAAUUUACACGUACAGGGAAUAUAGAGUAUGUACAGUAUAUGGUAGCGAAUUUAUAGAUGUUAAUUUGUCACCAGGAUGGUGGCUCACACAUACACUCUCACACUGCCGUCUUGCCUUGUACUGUGGGCUCCCUGAACAACAGUCCAACUCAAGUGACCUCAUUGAAGUGAUGGAAGUCGGGUGUAGAAAGACAAAAGAGACUGUUCAGUUCAAGAGGAACAGAGGUAGCAUCACGAUGAUCUCAGUCUAGGUUAUUUACAUUGACAAAAGGAAUAAAAGUUAUUGAAUCUAUGAUCUUAACAAGAAAUACAGAUGUUUUCGUGUGCAGAGGGCCAGAAGAACAUCACAUAUGUGCUACUAGUACGAGUAGUCCAAUUUUUCUGUUAUUCAUGCAUCUCGAAAUGGUUUGGGAAACCUGCAUCACAUGUAUUCAGUCUUGUUUUUAUUGGUCACUCUAUCUACACUACCUACUCUGUCACACAUCUACUUUGUUUAUUCCUCCACUCCUUCCUACCUGCCUUUACUGUUCAGUGGUUUUUAAUCUGCAUUUUGUACUCUCUAGCUAUGUAAAAUAUCCAGAAAUGUUGACUGAAAAUAUCAAAUACAUUUUGAGAGAAUAAACUUUAAAUUAAACUCCUGAAA